AUACCAUAUAUUUUUAAAGACAGUACCUUAUUAAGUGGGUUUACUUUUCAUAUUUAUCAACGUCCUUAUUUGAAAGUAUAGGUAUGUAUAACCAAAUACUCGAUGUAGGUAGUUACUUAAAAACAUCUCAUGAUUUUAGCUGCAGUAAUAAAUUUUGGUGGAUAGUUAAGUAAAUAAAAUACAGAUUGGUUAAUUCUGAAGUGUCUUGCUUUAUAAGAUAGUUUGUAUAAUGUUCUUCCAGUACUUACAUAAAGUGAAUUGCUAAAAGUCGUUGGUAAAUAAUAUGAUAUAAUAUAUUUUAAAUAUAUUUACUUAAUAAUAGAUAUAUUUACUUUUCCCUCCCUAUAUUUUAAAAUAACUGUGACUGGUAAUCCUGUUAAUACAUAUUACUUAUCUAAAUAAUUUAAACCGAAAUUUACUUUGUUUCGCAUAUUUUAUAUAAAAUAUCUUUAUAAAACGACUUAUUCUUAUUGUGUUAAUGAAAAACACCUUUACCGUCUAUAAAAUAUACCCAAAUAAGAAUCUUAAUGUAAAUUUUUGAUGGUUUUACAACUUUUUUCGCUAAUAAAAUAGAAAUGGCGCACUCUAUAGUCGUCUCUGUUCUCAGGAUAACCACUACAAAGGCUAGAGGCUUCAACAUUAUACACAUUGUGGCACCUACUUUUAACAUAGAACACGGUGGCUAUUUAAUAUUCAUUUACAGGAGAUACCAAAUGUUAGAUGUAAUGUAUAAUACUAUCUCCAGCAAAGAAUAAAACCGACAAUGAAAAUAAAAGUGAACCAAAAGAAAAAAGUUACAUUUAAGAAAAAACGGGCCAACUGUUCAACGCUAUUUAACACUAAAAAACUUGUGGAAUAUCUACGAAAAGAACUAAAAGAUUGCACAACACAUGGACUUCCGUAUAUUGUAAACCAAGAAAUUCACUGGUUCGAAAGAUUAUUUUGGGCCGCAAGCUUCGUGUCUGCAACUGCUAUCAUUUAUGUUCUUCUGUCUUCGCAAUAUAUACGGUAUAUGGAAGCACCCAUAGUAAUGAGCGUGGAAAAAGACUAUUUUAAUUGGAAUAUUUCUUUUCCUGCUAUCAUAUUGUGUCCUUUGGAUAAGAUUGAUAAUGAUUCUCUUGCAGUGUUCUUGAACGAUACCCGAGAAGAAAUAGGACAAGAUCUUGAAGAUUAUAUACGAGCAUUAAUGUCAGUUUCAUUAGAAUCGCUUCAUCUUUUACGAAUGCCAGAUGCAGAUAUUUUAUCGUACAUCGAAGCAAAGAAUUAUGCGAAAAUAUCAGCAGACUUAUUUAAAAAAUUUGACAACACUUCGUUAAGCACAGUUACGAAAUGGCCAAUGUCGGUGGAGACUGCCAUGACAGAAAUGGGAAUGUGCCAUAUUAUUAACUCGAAUAUUGCUACUUUCGACAAUCCUAACAACUGGGAUAAUAGCGAGUUAACAUACGCUAAAACCAACAUUGAGCUCUCUUAUCACGACAGAGAUUUCUUUGUUCAGAUAUUAAAUUAUGCUGAUGAGUACAAGAUUUAUAUAAACAAUCCAGACGAUUUGAUACUAACCGGCGCUCCAGAAUUGAAGUAUAACGAAGAAGGAUUUUUAUCAUUUGGUGUUCAUACAUCGAGCAUUAAAGCGUCACAGGACAUAAGAUUAAUACCCAUUCAUCUUCGAAAAUGCAGAUUUAUGGAGGAGACUCAUAGUAAAAGAUAUCCCGUGUACUCAUACAAUCGCUGUAUGAUGGAAUGCAGGAUAAAUAUAAUAAAUAAAUUUUGCGGAUGUAUACCAUAUUUUUACAAACCUUUGGAUGAAAAAGUAUGCAGCUUAGCCGAAAUGCGUUGCGUUCUUUUCCACAUGAAAGAAAUCAUGAAGUUUGCGGUCUCAAACGAAUCAAUGGCAACGAUGGACGACGUAACUGGCUUGCCUACCGUAUUCCGUGAAUGCGGUUGUCUUGGCGACUGUGAGGCUUUUGUGUACAAUAAAGAUCAUGAGACCUUUCUCCCACAAGAGGCCAUGAAUAGACUGAGGAUCAGCGUCUCUUCGUUCCCAAAAGUAAGGUUUGUGAGGGAAAUAAUAUUCGGCUUUUAUGAUAUUAUAGUCAGAAGUGGAGGUGUAGUGAAUUUAUGCAUUGGUACUUCAGUCAUCUCAAUAAUGGAGCUACUAUUAACUGCUAUAAGAAUUCCGAUUUACGGAGUAGUACAGCUGAUACAAAUGUGGCGAAAGAAUAGUAGAAAGGGAAAAGCUUUAGUUAAAAAAUCAAAGAAAGUCAAAAUUAAAUAA